GGGGCGCCAUGGUAGGCGAUCGCGGUUGCGCGCGGGACCGACCGAUCAAGCGACUGUGGGCGGCGGAGCUGUGAUGAAGGGAGACGGAGGAGUGUCGUUGACCUGGCUAGGUCCCUCUUUGCAUCGAUGGGGUGUUUUUUUUCUUCGAUGCGGAUGGGAAACCCAAAAAAGAUAAAAAACAGAGAGAUAGAUGGAGAAUCGCGCAAGGUUGAAGUGACCCGUGGCAGGAAGAGAGGGCGGGCUGCUGAUGUGGGGUCCCUCCUUCUCUCUUUCCCUCUCACGUUGCUGCCGGAGAAUACGGGGAGAGCCGACCGAAUCCUUUCCUUCUUCUUCUCCUCACUUUUUUUUCUUCUUUCUUUCUUCUUUCUUUACUUUUCUUCUCUCUCUCUCUCUCUCUCUCUCUCUUCGUCUCACGAUGGCAAAUUGGGCGACAGGCCACUCCCACUUGGACCACAGGGCUCCCGUCCGUUACAUCUUAAGUACCUUGGCCCUACCGCGAUAGUGAGCACUCUCACUAUCUGCAAUCAGACUUGGGCACCUAAUAAAUGGAGUAGAGUUCCCAUACCUUUCUUCAGUUCUUUGCUUUCAGCGACAUCUUUCAAUACAUCUUGCGACUUAAAGUUUUAUAUACGGAAUGUGUUCUCGUUCCAGGCCAGGCCAAGCCAAGCUUGGAUAUAUUUGAUGUAUAUACAUAGAAAAUUUUUAUCUCGUUGAACGUCCGGGCGGUAAUCGUCAUCUUCCUGUGGAUAUCUCCAAAACCCGCAUUCCAAAUACGCCCUUGUCUUGUUACCCAU